AUGAUCCAUGACUUAACACAUUGUUUUGCUCCUGUAGAUUUUAACAUCUCGAAUUUAUUCCAGGACGACAGUGUUUGGAUUAUCACAGCCAGCUUUACCAUCUUCACCAUGACCUCAGGUUUUGGCCUUCUCGAAUCUGGCCGCGUUUCAUCGAAAGACGAAGUCAAUAUCAUGGUAAAAAAUGUGGUAGACGUAAUCUUUGGAGGGUUAUCAUACUGGAUGUUUGGGUUUGGUUUCACCUUCGGUCAGCAUCCGAACUACGAAAACUCGUUCAUUGGAACUGCUGACUUCUUUUUUGAUCCAGAAACUAGCGAUGAGAAUACGGAAGGUUGGACAUACGCCUCCUUCAUAUAUCAAAUGAGUUUUGCCACCACAACUUCCGCCAUUGUUUCUGCGGGUAUGGCUGAAAGGGUACGUCUAAAAGCAUAUAUUAUCAUUUCUUUCGUUAUGACCCUCAUACAUUCGAUUCCUGCACACUGGGUUUGGAGCGAAAAUGGCGUCCUUUUCAGCCUUGGUGUAAUUGACUCUGCUGGCUGCAGUGUUGUGCAUCUUGUCGGGGGAAUCUCAGGAAUGAUUGCAACCAUUUACCUGAGACCAAGGCAAAAACGUUUCGGAAAAAUGGGAAAGAAAAGAAUGAGUAAUCCAACCAAUGCCAUUUUGGGAACAUUCAUGCUUUGGUGGGGUUGGCUCGCGUUCAACACCGGCUCAACGUACGGCGUCAGCCACGGAAAGUGGUAUUUUGCAGCCAAAUCAGCUGUUGGUACGAUCAUGGCGUCGACUGGUGGCGGUGUCACAUCACUAAUUAUUUCUAAAUUUGUCACCAAAAGGAUAGAAAUUGAUAUGCUUAUUGAUGGAAUGCUUGCUUCACUAGUAUCUAGCUCAGCUUGCUGUUCUUGUUUCACGCCGUGGCAAGCAUAUACUGUGGGCUCGUUUGGGGCUGCUUUUGCCCUACUGUCUUAUCCACUGUUGGAAUGGGUGGAGGUUGAUGAUCCUGUUGGUAUAAUUCCUGUGCACGUGAUAGGAUCUAUAUGGGGUAUGAUUAGUGCUGGUAUCUUCGCAAGAGACGACCCCUUAAAUUGGAAGUUAACACGCAGACAAGAUGGCCUUCUCUCUGGAGGUGGUUUUAAACUCAUUGGAAAACAGCUCCUAGGUGUAGUCAUUGUAUCGCUGUGGUCGGCAGUUAUUGGAUUUAUGACUCUUUUCUGCCUUCAACACUCUCGAAUAGGGCUUCGGCUCACAAGACUCGAAGAGGAAAUUGGUGCAGAUUUAAGAGAACAUGGACUGAGCGGACAUUGUGUACGAGCUUAUGAACUUGAAAAAAAGCUAACACCAGAGACUGCUGCUAAGAUGCUGUUGUUGAUGGUACGUUGGAAGGUAAGGGCAAGAAGAGCCGCACAAAGGAGACGGGCGAGAGAAAGUGUCGCGUUGGAUACAAUGAAUAGUGACGGUCUUAUAAUACCUGACUGAUAACUCACUUCGUUACCUAAGUUUGAUGAUUUGACAAAUUCGAUGAUUCUCAGUUGGCUUUUCAGUAACUAAUUUGUCUUGCUGCUUUCGUCAAAAGAUAACACAUUUUGAAAGAUUCAUCAGAGUUGCUACUAGAUGCUUGAAUUCACCGCAAACUAACAACCCUUAUCAUAUUUCCUUUCAUCGACAAUUUCUUGACACUCAUCAUAUGAAUGAUUCAUUUCUAAAC